CCAGAGACAGAGGAGGAGCCUCAUCGGCGAAGAUGGUGAAGGUCCGGAUGAACACCGCCGAUGUCGCCGCCGAGGUCAAGUGCUUGCGGCGGCUCAUCGGCAUGCGCUGCUCCAACGUCUACGAUCUCUCCCCCAAGACGUAUAUGUUGAAGCUCAUGAAUAGCAGUGGAGUCACAGAGUCCGGCGAGAGCGAGAAGGUUUUUCUAUUGAUUGAGAGUGGCGUCAGAUUGCAUACGACUCAAUACGUUCGGGAUAAGAGUAAUACUCCAUCUGGGUUUACCUUAAAAUUGAGGAAGCACAUACGAACACGAAGGCUCGAGGAUGUACGGCAGCUUGGAUAUGAUAGGAUUGUUCUCUUUCAAUUUGGGCUCGGUGAAAAUGCGUACUAUGUUAUAUUGGAGCUUUAUGCCCAGGGAAAUGUUAUUCUCGCAGAUUCGGAUUUUAUGGUCAUGACCCUUCUUCGCUCCCAUAGGGAUGACGAUAAGGGGGUUGCAAUCAUGUCACGUCAUCGUUAUCCAAUUGAAAUAUGUCGAGUUUUUGAGCGAACAACUGCUGAAAAGUUACAGGAAGCUCUUACCUUGUCCAAGGAACCAGAUAACAAUGAACCCGUUAAGGAUCAUGAAGGUGGAAAUAAUGUGCCUGAUGCACCAAAAGAGAAAAAGGGUAAAAGUAAAGGUGGGAAGCCUGCCGAGUCAAGUAAAAGUAGCGGUGAUACUAAAGCCAAACAGGCCACCUUGAAGAAUGUUCUUGGGGAUGCGUUGGGCUAUGGACCUGCGCUAUCUGAGCAUAUUAUAUUAGAUGCUGGCCUCAUUCCAAAUACAAAAGUUUCUAAAGAGAACAAGUUAGACGAUAAUGCAAUUCAGCUUUUGGUUGAAGCUGUUGCGAAGUUUGAGGAUUGGCUGCAUGAUGUCAUUUCAGGUGAUAAAAUUCCUGAAGGGUACAUUUUAAUGCAGAAGAAUUCAGGGAAAAGUGGUCCCCCAUCUGAACCAGGGAGUUCUGUCCAGAUAUAUGAUGAAUUCUGCCCCAUAUUAUUGAACCAAUUCAAAUCGAGGGAGCAUGUGGAGUUUGAAACAUUUGAUGCUUCUUUGGAUGAGUUCUAUAGCAAAAUUGAGAGUCAAAGGGCAGAACAACAGCAAAAGGCAAAAGAGAGCUCUGCCACCCAGAAGCUUAAUAAAAUACGUGUUGAUCAGGAAAAUCGUGUUCACAUGCUAAGGAAAGAAGUUGAUCAGUGUGUUAAAAUGGCGGAAUUGAUAGAAUAUAAUUUAGUUGAUGUGGAUGCUGCUAUAGUAGCUGUUCGUGUAGCUUUAGCAAAGGGCACAAGUUGGGAGGAUAUUGCUAGAAUGGUGAAGGAGGAGAAGAAAUAUGGAAACCCUGUUGCUAGCCUCAUUGACAAGCUUCAGCUUGAAAAGAAUUGCAUGACAUUGCUGCUGAGCAACAAUCUUGAUGAAAUGGAUGAUGAUGAGAAGACUCUCCCUGCAGAUAAGGUGGAAGUUGAUUUAGCACUUUCAGCACAUGCCAAUGCUCGGCGGUGGUAUGAACUAAAGAAAAAACAGGAGAGCAAACAGGAGAAGACUGUAACAGCACAUGAAAAAGCAUUUAAGGCGGCGGAGAAAAAGACUCGUCUCCAGCUGUCACAGGAAAAAGCUGUUGCUAGCAUUUCACAUAUGCGCAAGGUUCACUGGUUUGAGAAAUUUAACUGGUUCAUCAGCAGUGAGAACUAUUUGAUUAUCAGUGGACGUGAUGCUCAACAAAACGAGAUGAUAGUCAAGCGCUAUAUGUCAAAAGGAGAUCUGUAUGUCCAUGCGGAGUUGCAUGGGGCUUCCAGCACCGUGAUAAAGAACCAUAGGCCUGACCAACCAGUGCCUCCACUUACAUUAAACCAAGCAGGGUGCUUCACAGUUUGCCACAGCGCAGCAUGGGAUUCAAAGAUUGUCACUAGUGCGUGGUGGGUUCAUCCUCACCAGGUCAGUAAAACUGCUCCUACUGGGGAGUAUCUGACAGUUGGAAGUUUUAUGAUUCGUGGGAAGAAGAAUUUUCUUCCUCCACACCCUCUAAUUAUGGGCUUUGGGUUGUUAUUUCGCUUGGACGAGAGCUCAUUGGGCUCCCAUCUGAAUGAGAGGAGGGUAAGAGGUGAGGAGGAAGGGACGAAUGAUGUUGAUGAAAAUGGACCUCUAGAAGAGGUAUCUGAUUCUGAGUCAGAGAAUGAAACCAUAGAGGAAAAACUUGCAGAAGAACCAAAACCCGCUCCUGAUUCAUCUAUACAUAUUGAUAAACCAGAUGUGAAAGACCCAUCUGGGAAUGGCUUACUUACAAGCAAUGCUGAAGCAAAAGACUCAGCUGAAAUUCCCAUGAAAGAAAAGAAGACCUUUAGUGAUGCUGAUAUUUCUGUAAAUGGUGUUUCAUCUGUCACCCCAGAACUUGAGGAUCUCAUUGAUAGAGCUCUUGGGCUUGGAUCUACAGCUAUGUCUGCUAAAAAAUAUCAGAUUGACACUUCUCCAGUUGAUUUGGUAGCGGAACCUAAUGUUGAGGAGAAUAAGGCUACAGGAAGAGAGAAACCUCAUAUUUCAAAAGCUGAAAGAAGAAAGCUCAAGAAAGGCCAGACUGGUAGUGCUCAUGAAGAACAAGCUGAUCUGCAAAAUGAAAAAUUGAAGCAACAUGAGAUUUCAGUCAGUCAGCCUGAAAAGGAAGUUCAUGAGAAGAAGCCUAGUGGUGGAAAAACCAGCCAAUCAAAACAACACAAUAUUUCUGCCAGACAGACCGAAAACGAAGUUCAUGAUAAGAAGCCAAGUAGUGGAAAAGCCAGCCGUGGACAAAAGGGUAAACUCAAGAAGAUGAAGGAGAAGUAUGCUGAUCAGGAUGAGGAAGAAAGAAGGAUCCGUAUGGCUUUGCUAGCUUCUGCUGGAAGAGUACAGAAGAGUGGAGAGUCCCAAAAUGAAAAUUCAGUUCUGGCUGAAGAUAAGAAACUGACAGGUCCUGUCGAUGCUCCCAAAAUAUGUUAUAAAUGUAAAAAGGUAGGUCAUCUGUCCCGGGAUUGUCCAGAACAUCAAGAUGGUACGUUACAUAGUCAUGCAAAUGGUGGAGUUGAAGAUGACCCUCCUGUGGGUUUGGAUAAAUCUACUUCUGAAGUUGACAAGGUGACAAUGGAGGAGGAUGAUAUUCAUGAGAUAGGUGAAGAGGAGAAGGAGAAAUUAAACGAUGUUGAUUACUUGACGGGCAAUCCACUGCCCAGUGAUAUUCUCUUAUAUGCAGUGCCUGUCUGUGGUCCUUAUAGCUCCGUCCAGUCUUAUAAAUAUCAUGUGAAGAUAGUUCCUGGCUCUGUGAAGAGGGGGAAAGCUGCGAAGACUGCCAUGAAUUUGUUUAGCCACAGGCCGGAAGCAACGGUUAGAGAGAAAGAGUUGAUGAAAGCAUGUACUGAUCCUGAGUUGGUUGCUGCAAUUAUCGGCAAUGUGAAGAUAACAUCUGCAGGCCUCACUCAGUUGAAGCAGAAGCAAAAGAAAGUCAAGAAGAGCAGCAGCAAAGCUAAGUAGGUAGCCUAAACAGCUUCGUGCUGCGUCAACGUUUUGUAAACACAGACAACACUCGUUUCCUCUGUUUGGACCCGUCUCGGAUUGUUACGCCAGUAUACUCUCUACUAUACAAAAGCAGAAUAAUGAUUCCAUUUUCCAUAGCUAGCUAUAUGUAUAAACAGUUUUGUUAAAGCAAUGUAAUUGUGUAUUAGCAUUA